AUGUCAGAUUUCAAAAGUGACUACUCGGAGGCUAUUCGGAUUGUAUUGAGCAGUCCGCAUUUGAGGCUGAACCACAUGUUUGACGUCCCUAUGGAUCCAGGACGAGCGUCAAAGCAGGCCCGUCUUGAUGACCGGCUCCUUGUCAAAGCCGCAUUGCACCCCGAGAUUUUCGUCCUUAGGGAAUAUUGUGAUCUGUCCUAUCCCUCCCAUCUCGAAACCAUCUUGAGCGGUGACUUUGGUGGUGUUUCCGAGGAACAGAAGGCAACCACACUUGUUGUUUGCAUUGACGAGGAAUGGUUUUAUGGCUCCCUUGGCCGUUCUCGCGGUACACGUUCCUGCAAAUGGUAUUUCAACCCGGCAUUAGCGUCAAAAUUUGGCGGAGGCAUACUCCGCAAAUUCUUCCGCAGGAACGCUGCUGCAUGCUUGUUGGAGAUUAGAACUCUUCGAACGAAGCUGGUACAGAAGGCAAGAGAUCUACCACGAAAGACGGAAAGCAUGGCUGAUCUGAAGGGUGAAAGUAACAAUGAGAAACGGCGACAAUUCAUUCUUGAUGAAGGAAGGCGAAUCAAUGAGAUUUUGAAGGUGCUCAACUCUGAAAUGCCCGACUUUUUCUUGGGUGGGAUCUACAGGUGCCUGGCACGCAAGCAUCAGAUCAACGAUGACAAUUGGACUAAGAUCCUGGAGUUUUCUGGGUGGAAUCAAGAGAUCAUUGAUAUUGAAAGUCUUCCGGGAAUUCCUUUGCCAGCUGAUGACUCUGAUUCAGAUACGGACGAGCAUGACUAG